UCCCGCCAUAGGUUGGUAGCUAUGACGUCUGAAUAUGGUAAAAUGUGCCAAAUGGACAAACUUUAUGUAGAAACAUAAAGACAACGAACAAAACAAACGAGGUGCUGUUGUCAAUCUCAAAUCAUCUCAGAAUAUUACGAAAAGCUGCUACUCUACAACCACGAACGUCUCCUACCCGCAAACUAUAAGCUGUCGUCAAACCAUACAAAUUAAUAACACAAAAAUCAACAGAAAUGUCUGCCAAAAGCGUACUAAUCCUCGGCGGGAACGGCAAGAUCUCAAAGAUCCUCACUCCCAUCCUGCUGAACAAGGGAUGGAGUGUCACGAGCGUAAUCAGGAGUGAGGAUCAAGUGGCGGGCAUAAAGGCUCUUGCACCCUCCUCAGCCAGCCAGCGCCUCAAGGUCCUCGUUCACAGUGUCGAGGAUGUCAAGAGCGAAAGCGACGCAAAGUCAGUACUACAGGAGUCGAAGCCAGACUACGUCGUGUGGUCGGCAGGUGCCGGUGGAAAAGGACCCGCAUCGCGGACGUUUAGUGUGGACCGAGACGCGGCCAUCUACUUUAUCAAGGCAUCCGCCGCUUCACCUACUGUCAAGCGCUUCCUGAUGGUCUCAUACCUGGGCUCGCGCCGCGGCAAGCCAUCGUGGUGGAAUGACGAGUCGUGGGCGGCCAUGCAAAAGGUCAACACCGAGGUGCUGCCUAAGUACUACGAGGCCAAGAUCGCAGCUGACGAGGUUCUAUACCGAGAGUCGCGCGCUCGCGGUCGCGACUUUGUCGGCAUUAACUUGCGACCCGGCACGCUCAGCGACGAGCCGGCGGGCAAGGUAGAGCUCGGCAAGACGGGCAAGGCUACUGGCAAUGCGAGCCGAGCCAGCGUCGCCGAGGUGGCGGCGGAGCUGCUGGCGCUGGGGGACAACGCGAUCGGGAACUGCUGGAUUGAUAUGAUGGACGGGCAGGAGGAUGUUGCUGCUGCGGUUAGCAGGGUCGCCAAGGAAAAGGUUGAUUGCGCCGAGGAAGAGCCUGUGUUUGAAGAGAAGUAGACUUUCUUCGUUGUUUUUUUUUUAAGAUAGACAAAUAAUUUAAUGAUUUGAUGUGCUGGCUGAG